AUGCGCGUUUUAAUCAUCACAUUCUGCGUGUUGUACCUUCUCGCUACUGUCACAGGUGCUGGUACGCCAACGGCUCCCAAGGGUCAUCCGAAAGUAAGCAAAACCAAAUCAGUCGAAAAGACUUUGAUCCGUCGUGUGGUUGAGCGGUACCGUCGUUUUGGAGGGGUUGGACGGCCAGUUAAUGAUAGCAAAGUGGUCCUCCAAAUUGAAUAUGGCCUUCAGUUGAUCCAGGUACUGGAUAUAGAUGAGAACAAGCAGAUCUUGAGGAGUAACUGCUGGUCUAUGUACAGAUGGAACGACUCUUUAUUACAAUGGAAUCCAAGUGACUACGGCAAUGUGACCGAGAUUCGACUCUUUCCUCAAGUCAUUUGGACACCAGAUAUUCAAUUGUAUAACUUCGCUGAUGAACGAAUUGUGGAACACCGGAUUGCUCGUGUUGUCGUGCAAUAUACUGGAGAGACUUUGUGGGUACCUCAGGCCCUCUUUAAAAGCGCCUGUCAAGUCACAAUUACCUUUUUCCCCUUCGAUACACAGGUUUGCACAUUGGAAUUCGGUUCAUGGACCUAUGACGUUUCCCAAAUGGAUCUUUCUUGGUGGAGACCGGAUAAAAUGACGGCACCCAUGCCGUACGUCGACUUUUCCGACUACGUGCCCAGCAAUGAAUGGCGUACUUACGGGGAGCUUGAAAGAGACCUUCCUCACGAGAAUCGAACGAAACAGAUGAAGUCACUGAAGCGCUACCGAGAAAGGAAUCAAACCAUUGGAGGCAAAGUUAUCCUGAAAAGGUACCCUGUACUCUGCUAUCGCAUACGUCUGAUUCGGAACCCCAGCUUCUACGUCUUCAUUCUGGUCAUUCCGUGCAUCCUCCUCUCAACUCUGACGAUAGUCGUUUUCUGGCUUCCGCCCGAGUCUCCAGCCAAGAUGAUGCUCGGUAAGUGCACUUCGAUAAGCCUGUGA